AUGGCAAACUUCAUCCCACCUUCGAUCCGACACUCCGUGCACACCGUGGUGAAAUCCGCGGUGGAAUCCAUCACGUCUGUUCCGACGGGAUCGUCGCAAUUUUUAGAAAACGGAACGCUCACCCCGGAGGAUUUCGUCAAAGCGGGGGACUAUCUCGUCGAAACGUGCCCGACGUGGCAGUGGAAAAAAAGCAGCGCUCGAGAAACGAGGAAGAAAUAUUUACCGGAAGAGAAACAAUACUUAGCGACGAGGAACGUGCCGUGCAGAAAACGCGCGAAAGCGAUGGAGGAGUAUUGCGGGAAAGAAGUCGCACUGAGCGGAGAAGACGAGGGGUGGGUGGAAGCCGGGAACAAGGAGGCCCCGUCGUCGCAACGCGCGGAUGGCGACGACGACGAUUUAGACGACGACGGAGAAGGCGGGAACGGGGAGGGGGAGGACGGCGUCGUCGACGAGAUUCCGGAUAUUAGCCGAGUGAACGUAGAAGAUAAUGAUAGAGAUGAUGAUAACGACGGCGACGACGACGACGACGAGUCUAUUCCAGACAUGGAAGACGUGGACGAAGACGACGCUAUUCUCAUCGCCGCGCCGAAGAAGGAAAAAAACAACGAAGAUUUAUUGCGCACGCGAACAUACGACGUUUCCAUCACCUGGGAUAAAUACUACCAAACGCCGCGAGUUUGGUUGAAUGGAUACGACGAGCAAAGAAACAGUCUCCCACCGAAAUUGGUAUACGAAGACAUAAGCGCGGAUCACGCGAAAAAGACAGUCACGAUAGACCCGCAUCCGCACACGAACGUCUCCUCGGCUUCGGUGCAUCCGUGCAAACACGCGAGCGUGAUGAAAAAGUUGGUGAAAAUGAUGACAACGUCCGCUGCAGGAGGAGGGGGAGAUGGAGAAGAAGAAGAGGAGGAGGAGGAGGAGGAAGAAAAACCGAGCGUGGAGAGAUAUUUAAUCGUGUUUUUGAAGUUUAUGCAAUCCGCGAUGCCGACGAUUGAAUACGAUUUCACCACGAACGGGUGA